AUGAAUUGUUUCUCUGAAAUGUUUUCAUGCAUUUAAUUUGUAUUUUCUAACAUGAACUUGGAAAAAUAAUCAAAUAACUUGAGGAAACAAACCAAAACCUGAAUGAGCAGAUGUUGGACAGAUGUUAGACAGCUUAUGUGAUGCUGCAGCAGGGCAGAGACGCGAGUUGAUCUCCACGAGCGGCCAUUCAGUGAUCUGAUAUGCUAAUUAACACUGGCCACGCCUCCACUUUGCGGUCAGCGCUAUGAUUGGUCAGAGAUGUGGCAUUGACCGUGAUUUCAUGAAAAAAAAUAAAUAAAAAAUACCCAAAGAAUAAAAACAACAAACCGGCGCGUGAACGCGACAGAGACGUUAUUAGAUCGAGAGAGCGCGAGAACAGAUCAGACUUCAGCUGUAAAACGAGCACUUUUUAACGGAGAAAAGAAGAUUGUAGUACUUCAUAGAAAUAAUAAUAAUAAUAAUAAUAAUAAUAAUAAUAAUAAUAAUAAGUAAAAUAAAGACCAAGAUGCCUCGCGGGUUUUUGGUGAAACGAAGUAAACGUGCCUCGGGGGGGUCGUACCGGAUCCGACAUGAGUGCUCGGAGAUGCAGAAAUCAGACCCGCAUGCGCUGAAGAACGAGAUGCCGCGCGACCUGGUCAGAGCACCGUGUACGGACGCCACAGCAGCACGCACUUUGCACGCGCAGCUGCCAGAACACUCAGCUCUCGCGCCCGUGCGGAGUGUCUUCCACAGCAGUAUCAGUAAUGAUGAUGAUGAUGAUGAUGAUGAUGUUGAUGUUUAUGAUCACGGCGCGGAGGAGGCUUGUCACAGACCCGCGGUGCCCCUGAGCGCGGGAUUAAAGCGCUCCCCGUUCCCUCGGUGUCUGAGUUCUCCGGCCGCGGCAGCAUCGUUCCCGGUGUCCUCCAUCGAGAGCCUCCUCCUCUCCAGCCACGCGGACAUUAAGUUUGCUCCGUACCCUUCAUCAUUUCAGCAGAACCUGAAGCCCGAGACUAAGAGCAAGCCGCCGGUGAGGAAACCGAAAGUCGCCCGGAAACUCACCUUUGAAGACGAGGUCACGACCUCUCCGGUGCUCGGACUGCGGAUCAAGAAGGAGAGCCCCGAGACUGCGCCGUUACCGAGGAGCAAGAAGCCGCUGGGUGAGUUCAUCUGUCAACUCUGCAAGGAGGAGUACCCGGACCCGUUCUCCCUGGCGCAGCACCGGUGCUCGCGCAUCGUCCGGGUGGAAUACCGGUGCCCCGAAUGCGACAAAGUGUUCAGCUGUCCCGCUAAUCUGGCCUCACACCGUCGCUGGCACAAACCGCGCGACUCGCAGGAGGGGAAAAAGUCUCAGGUGCACGAGAAAGCGUCGGUGGAAGGAAAAGAGAACGCGACCGACUUGAGAGUGAAGCAGCAGCAGCAUCCUCCUCCUCCUCAUCAGCAUCAGCACCUGUUUUUCUCCGCCGAGAGCGCACAGAGCGGCAUGCCUCCCGCGGACACGCGCUGCGGCGGGGCGGAGAAGUGCUUUGAUCUCCGCACGAGCGCCAGUGAUGACGGCUCGAGGCUGUUUGAGCGCCGCCACGACGACACGGCCUCCCUCGCACCUGGGUAUCUGUGCGCGCGAGCAGGAGGAAGAGGAGGCAUAGAGGACGAAGAGGAAGAGUACGCGUGCCAUUACUGCGCCAAGAAAUUUCGGAGGCACGCGUACCUGAGGAAACACCUCGCCGCCCAUCAGAGCGUCCACGCGGCGGCGUACAAGCACGCGGAGAGCGCGCCGAUCCCGUUCACGUGCCACCUGUGCGGCGCGCGCUUCCCCUCGGCGGAGGUGCGCGAGAAGCACCGCCUCUGGCACGCGCUCGCUGGACCGGGACCGGGCAAGACGGCGGGCGCGCUGAUGCGAGCGGAUCUCAUGCUGCCUCCAAAACCGAGUCGCAUGUGGGAGGUUCCGACUUGAAGAGUUCGUCCUGCUGCGGACUGUUUUUACGGCAUUUAGCGGGAGGCGCGAGGACAACAUGGACGCGUGUAAAAACAAAUACAAUCCAUGGUCCGCGUAUAAACCAGGACAAACGCCAACAGGAAACAGCUGCCUCCAUUCCAUUAAAAAUGAAUAAUGUUAUGAUAUUAAUGACGUGAUUCAGUGUAGUAGCCUCAAUUAUGAUUAGAAUCGUAGAGCUGUGACGUCACUAACCUACCUGAAGCAGAUAAAACGGAGGUGGUCACAAACAGGAGGUCUCAGGAAUAAGAGUAAAGAUUAAGCACUGGUUUUAUUUUCCAUCAGUCCAGUUUCUCAGAGAGAGAGAGAGAGAGAGAGAGAGAGAAAGAAAAGGAACUAAAUGGAACUUUCUUGUCACUGUGGUGGAACCGUUCCCUUCGGUACCCCUUCUGCUAAAAAUCUAAGUGUAGUCCAUUUCUGCUCUUGUCUGCUUUCUAGGUGAAAGAUCUAAAAGUUUCACCCCAGCGACAAGAAACCGUUCUGUUUAGUCCCCUUCCACCUGCUCUGACUGGAGUUGGUCUUUAUUCCCAUGCUUUGUGUUGGAGGUGUAAUCCGUCGUCCUCUCGCUCUACACGUACAUCUGCUCUAAUGCGUCCUUAACACAAACUCCCAAAUCCCAUCAUCAUCUUAAACAUCACAGUUUACAAUAAAACAACGUAGUGGAAUCACGCUGCGCUCGGAACCGUCAGAAAUAAGGCAUAAAAUGUUGAUCAUGAUGUUCGAGAGCGUGCGAGAACGCUCCGCUACACCUGCUAGGUUGUUUCUAUGGUAACUAAAGGUGGGCGAUAUGACGCGUCACAGGAUUGUCGAAGGUGUUUCUAUGUUCCCGAAUGUGCAGCAGGAUAUUGAGGUACGCUGACUCUGUCAUGCUGCUGUUCAAAAUAGUAAUAAAUGUAUUCGUUUAUUCAUAAACAAAUGACAGUAUAUUUGUUUUUUAUAUUUAUAAAGUGUAUCUAAACAAAUCACUGCUAAUGCAGAGUACUAGAUAAAAAAAAAAAACGAAACGGAAAGAAGACGCACGCGUGCUGAAGGCGUAUUGUGGCGUGGUGUACGGUGAUGGUGUAUGGUCACAUGGUCCAGCCCUGAUGAUCAUCACACCGCGCACGUCUUCGCUCACUGUGAUGCUUCAUUCAUUCAUUCCACUCUUUUUUUUUUUUUGUUGUUGUUGUUUUUGUGGAGUCUAGACGUUAGCAGCUGGCGUUUGAGUAAAAAACCAACAACUAUAACUUUUAUUCCUCAUCACACGUACUCGUAUCCACGCUUUUCAUAUGUAAUCCUAUACAGGGCUCUGAUGGAGGACUUGUGAAAGUUACAUAGCACACAGUGAUGUGUUUUUACAUCUUGUCAAUCAAAUAAACCCCGCCUAAAUUCAUGAUGUCACAACACAUAGCGCCGGAUUGAUUGAUUGAUUGAUUAAAUAAUUAAUUAAUUAAUUAAUCUAUUUAUUUAUU